AUGGACAAAUUAGCUUCACAUCGUGCAGAUAAAAUUUUUGUUAAAGUCUGGAAAGCAACAAAACGUCUUGACUUUAAAUCUAGCUUACCUGCGUAUAUAAAUGGUGUGCACGAACCAAAGUCAAUUACCGACUUGUUUUUGCACCACUUCGAAGUUGAUCCCUCGCCAGCUAGAAACGUACAGCAGUAUGCUGCUAUGCCCGUUGACAUUAACAGUACCGAGGAAGCUACCUAG